AAACCCUCUGCUUGAAGCUCCACAGAUCGAGUUGUUCGUCAGGUUAGAUUUACCCUAGAAUUCCAUAGAUGGGGAAAGAGUGGUUUUUAUAUGUGGUGACAGAUAUUGGAGUACAUCGUCUGAAACUGGAUAUCCGAAAACUGAGAAACGGAAACAGAAUUCCAAAGCUGAAUCAGCCUCCACCGGUAGAGUUUGAAGAUCUGGAGCUCCUUUCGCCUGAUGGUACAUUCUAUGGACAGCUUGCAAAGCCACCACCCCUCUCCCUGCUGUUCUUCAAAGAGCUCCCUCGCCCUCCAGAUUAUUGUGUUCGCCAGGACUUUUGUUGUUUGGUUUUUAAGUUCCUUCGUACUGCAGUUUCUGCUUGUUCUUUCUAUGUUGUACUUAGUGGCUUUUGCCUUUCUUAA